AUGUAUACAAUCGAAACCUCUUCUUUCCUUCCUUCUUCAGGAGGAGCCUGUGGAUAGUUGUACAGCCAUGGCUGUGGCGUCUCAAUGGCAGCGCUAAGCACUGCACUCUUCAACGACGAUCUCAGCUGCGCUACGUGCUUCGAGAUAAAAUGCACGAAGGAUCCGAAGUGGUGCCUUAAAAGGAAACCAUCAAUCUUUAAUAUUACUGCUACUAACUUUUGCCCACUGAACAGGUACGCACUGCCAUGGGAUAAUGGCGGGUGGUGUAACCCGCCAAGGCCACAUUUUGACCUCGCUAUGCCUUUGUUUCUUAAGAUUGCAGGAGUAUUGAGCAUUUCCUAUUACAGGGUACCAUGCAGGAAAUCAGGUGGGAUCCGAUUCACAAUCAAGGGGUUCAAAUACUUCAACCUGACCCUCAUCGCCAACAUCACCAGCACUGGGGAUAUCGCCACUGCCUACAUCAUAGGUUCAAGAACCAAGUGGUUGCCAAUGUCUUGUAACUGGGAAAAUGGCAAAUCCAAUGCGGUCCUUGUUGGCCAGAGUCGCUCCUUUAGGGUGACCGGAAAUGACCGGAGAACUUCCUCUUCGAGGAACAUUUUUGCAGUCAACUGGGAGGUUGGGCAGACAUUGCCGCAAGAACCAAUCAAGAGUAAAGCUGUAACAGCGGAUGCAGAUGAGCAUUACAUUAUUACAUAA